AUGGGCACGGUGCUGUCUCUUUCCCCCGCCUCCUCGGCCAAGGGCCGGAGGCCCGGCGGGCUGCCCGAGGAGAAGAAGAAGGCGCCGCCCUCGGGAGACGAGGCGCUGGGGGGAUACGGGGCGCCGCCAGUAGGCAAGGGCGGUAAAGGCGAGAGCCGGCUCAAGCGGCCGUCCGUGCUCAUCUCGGCCCUCACCUGGAAGCGUCUGGUGGCCGCGUCUGCCAAGAAGAAGAAAGGUAGCAAGAAGGUGACGCCCAAGCCGGCGUCCACCGGCGCCGACUCCUUGGUCCAGCAACGCAACCGCGAGAACCUUCUCCGCAAGGGUCGGGACCCCCCCGACGGCGGCGGCGCCGCCAAGCCCCUGGCGGUGCCCGUGCCCACCGUGCCCGCGGCCGCCGCCACCUGCGAGCCGCCGUCGGGGAGCAGCGCUGUCGCCCCACCUCCAGGCUCCGGCGGAGGAAAACCGCCGCCGCCGCCGCCCCCAGCCCCGCAGGCGGCGCCGCCGGUACCUGGCGGCUCGCCGCGGCGGGUCAUCGUGCAGGCGUCUACGGGGGAGCUGCUGCGCUGCCUGGGCGACUUCGUGUGCCGACGCUGCUACCGUCUCAAGGAGCUAAGCCCAGGCGAGCUGGUGGGCUGGUUCCGCGGAGUGGACCGCUCGCUGCUGCUGCAGGGCUGGCAAGACCAGGCCUUCAUUACGCCCGCCAACCUGGUGUUCGUGUACCUGCUGUGCCGCGAGUCGCUGCGCGGGGAUGAGCUGGCGUCGGCCGCCGAGCUGCAGGCUGCCUUCCUCACCUGCCUCUACCUCGCCUACUCCUACAUGGGCAACGAGAUCUCCUACCCGCUCAAGCCCUUCCUCGUGGAGCCCGACAAGGAGCGCUUCUGGCAACGCUGCCUGCGCCUCAUCCAGCGGCUCAGUCCGCAGAUGCUGCGGCUCAACGCCGACCCCCACUUCUUCACGCAGGUCUUCCAAGACCUCAAGAACGAGGGCGAGGCCGCUGCCGGCGCCGGGGGUCCUCCCAGCGGGGGAGCGCCCGCGGCCUCCUCCUCCUCGGCCGCCAGGGACAGCUGCGCGACUGGAGCCAAGCACUGGACUAUGAACCUGGACCGCUAG